UGUGCUGCGCUCUGAGCAAGGCCAUCCUGCAUGCUUAAUCGGCUAUUUAAGGAGCUGUUCGCCAACAACCCAGACAGUCCCCACUCCCCACGUACACCCGUCCAGAGCCACCUUAAAAGCGGGAGGCAAUUGUGAAGUAGCUGGCCAGCAAGUGGAGUGAAGACUGCAGAGGGAGAUAAAAAAGAGAGGGCAGAAAGAGAGGCAGAGAGAGAUUUAUCCUGGGAACCCGGAAACUCACGUCCUCUAGUCCCCAAACUCCCAGUACCUUGUGUUUCUUCCAGGGAUACCAUGUUGUUCUUCACGCUCCUGCUAGAGGUGAUUUGGACCCUGGCUGCCAACGGGGGUCAACACUGGACAUAUGACGGUCCACAUGGUCAAGACCACUGGCCAGCCUCUUACCCUGAGUGUGGAAGCAACGCCCAGUCCCCCAUCAACAUUCAGACAGGCAGUGUGACUUUUGACCCUGAGUUGCUACCUCUGCAGCCCCAUGGAUAUGAAGAGCCUGGCACCGAGCCUUUGGACCUGCACAAUAAUGGCCACACAGUGCAACUCUCUCUGCCCCCAACCCUGUAUCUGGAAGGACUUCCCCGAAAAUACGUAGCUGCCCAGCUCCACCUGCACUGGGGUCAGAAAGGAUCCCUGGGGGGGUCAGAGCACCAGAUCAAUGGCGAAGCCACAGCUGCAGAGCUCCACAUCGUACAUUAUGAUUCUGAUUCCUACGAAAGCUUAAGUGAGGCUGCUCAGAGGCCUCAGGGCCUGGCUGUCUUGGGCAUCCUCAUUGAGGUGGGUGAGACUAAGAAUCCAGCUUAUGAACACAUUCUGAGUCACUUGCAUGAAAUCAGGCAUAAAGAUCAGAAGACCUCAGUGCCUCCCUUCAACCUGAGAGAGUUGUUGCCCCCACUGCUGGCGCAGUACUUCCGUUACAAUGGCUCGCUCACCACACCGCCCUGCUACCAGAGUGUGCUCUGGACGGUCUUCAGUCGAAGGGCCCAGAUUUCAAUAGGACAGCUGGAAAAGCUUCAAGAGACACUGUUCUCCACGGAAGAGGAGCCCUCUAAGCUCCUGGUACAGAACUACCGAGCCCCCCAGCCUCUCAAUCAGCGAACGGUCUUUGCUUCUUUCAUCCAAGUGGGAUCCUUGUAUACCACAGGUGAAAUGCUGAGUCUGGGAGUGGGAAUCCUGGUUGGCUGUCUCUGCCUUCUGCUGGCUGUUUAUUUCAUUGCUAGAAAGAUUCGGAAGAAGAGACUGGGAAACCGGAAAAGUGUGGUCUUCACCUCAGCACGAACCACCGAGGCAUAGACUCCUUCCCGGUCACCACAGAUGGCUUCCCCUCGCCUAUCAGGGAGCUUCUAAAGUGGGGUGCAGGGACUGGCCAGAAAAUACUGUAGGAGUAGGCUGACAUCCCUCCUUCCUCCAGACAGCCCCUACACAGAGGUAUGGACAGGCUCUCAUUCAAGGAAGAACAGAACCUUCAGCCUCUCAAAACACGUAGAUAAGGACAGCCCUAUGUUGACAAUGCAGAGGGUGAACUGUGUUUAGUUGUAGGGGAAGCUGGGGAUGUGCCCCAAAGUCCCCCACCCCCUCAUCUCUGUAUCCCUGUCCCGAGAUAUAGUACAAGAUCUCCCCUUAGGAAAAAGGGUUGCUGCUGCUAUGUUUUUUUCCCUCAAUAUAUUAGGAAAUUAAAUUUGCCGACCCCG